AAUCCUUGUGUUAUCAGCUAUCAUGAUCUGGCAUAAUGUUUAAGUUCAAGGUAAUUGACCCAUGUCUAAUUUAGAAUUUAAAUCAGUAAUAUUUUAAACCAACAUUUGUUUAAUUUCAGUAACAGUUGCACGUAAUGUCUUUAGUUAAAGACGAUGUUGACAAAGGAUGGUCGUGGCUUGUUCUAAUUGCGGUAUAUUCUGGAAUGGCAUUCGUAAGCAUAACAACAUUCAUGAAUGGAGUUUUUCUGGUGGCUCUGUUGGACCAUUACAAUGAAGAUUUAGCAAAGACUACGAUGAUAGGAGCCCUACAUGCUGGCUUACUCUGCCUGUUAGGUCCAAUAGUUUCAGUUGCCAUGGAUAUGUAUAGUUGCAGACUAUGUAUCGUAUUUGGUGGCUUCUUGCUUAGCUCCUCCUAUUUCAUCAGCUUCUUUGCAAACAGCAUCGAUAUGCUUAUAUUUACAUUUGGAAUUAUUGGAGGUAUCGGGAAUUCUUUUGCCUUUAUUCCACUUCCUAUCAUGCUGGCAUAUUACUUCAGAAAGUGGAGAAACAUAGUCAUAGCAUUAUCUCAAACAACGAUUGGAAUCAGCAUGUUUAUAGCAUCGCCAUUUAUUGUUUCACUUCUGGAAACCUAUGGCUUAAAAGGAAGUUUUCUAAUAGUGAGUGGAUUUGUGUCUCAUGUGUGUGUGUGUGGUUUAAUUUGCAUGACGAAUUCUGAAGAAAUCAAAAUAAAACGAAGCAAAAGACGUGCUCAUAUACAUGGUGACUAUCUAGAUUCCAAUGAUAAAGUUAGACAAUUUUCUAAAAGGCUGAGUGGAAAGUUUAGUUUUGAUCUAGUUACCAAUAUACCUCUUAUACUCUUCUUACUUAGUACCUUUACAUGGAAUUUUCUGUUGUCAGCGUGUGCAAUGCAUCUACCAAAGUACAUGUUGUAUAGAGGUUUAGGAAAUAGCGCCAUAGUUACAGUCAUGACAAUAUUAGGUUUGUGCAAUACAUUAGGCAGAUUUCUUGCAGCACUAACGGUCGGCAAUGGUGGACUUGAUAGUAUGACGUUACAUGUGGGAAUGUUAGGUGUGAUCGGUAUAAUUACCAUAUUGUUACCUUUAUACAGUAAAUAUUCCUCCGCUGGAUUUAUAUUUGCUGCUUUGUGUGGAUUUUAUACCGGAGGACCAAACUCUCUAAUGACACCAAUAAUAAUCAGGAUCAUUGGUAUGGAGAGGCUGUCAGCUGCUCACGGUCUGCUUUAUUUCUCAUGUGGAGUGGGUGUAAUAUCUGGACCACCGUUUACAGGUAUUUUGUUCAAAUUAAGAGGAUCAUACGAAUUUAGUUUCAUGAUAAUAGGUUUUGUUUUGCUGAUUGGCAGUUUUCUUGGGCUUCUGUCAUCAAGUAAAAUAGAAACUGAAAGUAAAAACGCGAAUGAACACGAUAAUAAAGACGAAAUUGUUGAAGAAGUUGGUGUAAAUUUAGAACUCCUACAAAAAGAAAGAAGUUUGGAAGAAAAUCACGUGGAUGUCAACGGUUUAAGUAGGAAUGUGGAGAAGAUUUAGAACCAUUAUGAAAUGACUUUCUAAGAGAAAAAUAAAGAUGUCAAUUAAAACACAAAGCGUUGGAGUGAAAUUGUUUAUCUGCUUCUUUUUUCUAUGUACUUAUACCUCUUAGCUAGGUUCAUUUCCAUUUUGUUUGUCAUUUAUCUGUGUUUUUAUAAAGAAGACCAUAACUGCGUUAUUAUGUUAUAUAAAUACUAGAAAAGUGAUUGAUUUUACAAAAAAGAUCAAAUACAAAAGUAUAAUCAUCUUUUUGUAAUGACAGUUAUACUGAAUUUUGGAAAGCAAACUUGGCUACUUUAAAUAUUUUAUUACUUGAAAUAAAUCAAAUACUCAUGUUAAAGCUCUUGUUUAGGUAUGCCACGUUAUAAAACAUGUAUUUAGCAUUUUAUUAUAGAUAUGAAAAAAUUAUUUGUAUUACACAGCUAAUGUGCAAUCAAUUCUUGAAAGAAUUAUUUAUUUUCUCGCUUAGGAAAUAUCCAAAAGUGUACAAUUUAACUCGAAAUAUUAUGGGCGUUUGAUAAAGAUAUGCAGCAGGUUAAGCCGAAUAGAUCAAUAGGUCUCCAGACAUUCUGGCUUCCUCUGAUUCACAUGGGAAUUUAACCUUUAUUCGUUUUCGUGACCUCGCAUGUGUUUGUACAUUUAUACUGGACUACAUCAGUAACCUAUAUUCGUUUCUUUAUCAGUUGUCGUGAUGUUAGAAAUAUGUAGUAAGUUACAGACGACGACGGUGACUCGGCUCAGGACUUAUUUAGAGUAAUAAUGCUGUAGUAACAUACAUAGUAACAUACAUUCUCUUUUGAAUCAGUUAUCUUAUUAUAAGUGAAUGAUAUCAUCAGUUAUAGAAUAUACUGGUAAAGAAUGGGCGUGCUCGGUUUUAAGUGUGGAACAUCUGUAUUAUAAAUGUUAUACUUUCUGGUGGCUCUAAUUGAAUAACACAAUGAAGAUAUAGGAGAGACCACUGCAUGCUGGGUUGUUGUUCCACCUUGAUAGAACGUUUUCAAAAAAUCUAAUCGAAGGGGUUACGUAUAAUGUGACUUAUUUUGGCCAAAAUAUUAUUAACUUCUAAACGCACUACCUAUUUCUCCUCAGCUAUAUAAUCAAGUUCACAAUUAAAGGUCAAGAUUUAAAGGUCCUUUUUCAUGUCCGGUUCCUUUUUAUGUAUGAAAUAUGUAUAUUCAAACUUGACACCAGCAUGCGCCAUAGCAAGACUGUUACGCCUGCAAGGCUUAGACCUCUCUUUCAAAGGUCAUUGUCACACUUAGGAGGUCAAAGACUAAUUGAAUAUUCAAAAUAUAUUUUUACUUAUUAUGAGGCUUUUUUGUCUAGGAUAACGUCUCCAAACUUUGUAGGUAGGGUAAAUAAGUCGAUUUUCGUUCCUUUGAUGGGACAUCAGGAAUGUCAAUGUUAUAUAGAUUAGAAACUAGCAUAG